GAUUAUAAUGCUGCAGGGAGAAAACUGGAGAGGGGAACAAGUCGCUUUGCCACAGACUUCACACAGGAAAUCUGAGAUUCAGAGCAACUUAUAUUUUGGCUUGUAAUCGUCGAUCAUGGGGUGAUCCAGAAAUAAACUCCGCACUUCAAAGAGGGAGAGAGUUCAGAGCUGCUCUGCAGUUUAUCAACACACAGAGACGGGAGAGAGAUGCACCCGAAAGGGGAUUUUCUGAAUUAAGAGUUCACCAAGGAAAAUCACUUUGGGGUAAACUUUGUUAGCUACAGAAGCUAUAAGGUGUUUGGAGCCAUCUCUUUCCGACUUAACAGGGAAGCGGAAGAUGGCGACACAGGUCACGGUGGCCAGGAAUUCGCAGGCGGGAGCUCUAGGACAUGAGGACUACAGCCUCUAUAGCAGUAUGAGCGAAGAUGAGCUCAUUCAGUUGGCCAUCGAGCAAAGCCUGACGGAAGACCCUGCAGAGCAAACAACUACACAGAAGACAACCACGCCGACCCACAACGACCCUAACUGCCAUAAUUUCUAUCUUUACCCUUGGCAAAGCUCAGCCUCCUGCAAGCAUUGUCCACAGCUGCGCUGGGAGACGCGUGCACGAACAAAUACUAGAAAUAUGCUGUUGAUUUCCAGAUGUUCCAAAAGUGAGCCUUGCUUUAUAUUUCUUUCAUUUGCAGGUGCUGACAUCAAUACCCAGGCCAGUGACAAAGCGUCUGCCCUUUUUGAAGCUUGUAAAAAUGGACAUGAUGAGAUUGUAGAGUUUCUCUUGUCCCAAGGAGCCGAUGCUAACAAAACCAACAAGAAUGGCCUCUUGCCUAUUCACGUGGCCUCCAAAAGAGGCUAUUAUGAGAUUGUGAAAAUGCUGCUCCCGGUCACCAGCCGCACUAGAACCAAACGCAGUGGAAUCAGCCCUCUGCAUUUGGCAGCUGAAUGCAACCGUGACGAUGUCUUGGAAGAGCUGGUUGAGGCUGGCUUUGACGUGAAUUUCACUCUCUCUCCUGAGCGCUCGCGGCUCUACGAGGACAGGCGCACCACUGUCCUCUACUUCUCAGUUUUUAACAACAACGUUGAAGCUGCUCAGCUGCUGCUUGAGGCUGGGGCCAAUCCCAAUGUCGACCUCAUCAACCCCCUGCUCAUCUCCAUCCGCCAUGGCUGCAUGAAGAUGAUGAAGCUGCUUAUUGACUAUGGAGCCAAUAUUGAUGCCUACGUGGCUUCCCAUCCAACGACCUUCCCUGCUACCAUCAUGUUCUCGAUGAAGUAUCUUGCUCUGCUGAAAUUUUUGAUGGAUCUAGGCUGCGAUGCCAUCUCCUGCUUUAAAUGUCAGUAUGGGUGUGGCCCUCAUCCUCCCAUUGAGGCUAAGAGAGACAGGUAUCAUGAUCCCCAGGUGAAUAAAGAGCAGAGCAUUGUACAGUUUUGUGAAAUGGUAUCAACUCCAGAAAUGUGUCGUUGGGCUGGGCCUAUUAUCGAUGUUCUUCUGGAUUAUGUGGGCAAUGUGCAACUUUGUUCCCGGCUCAAGGAGCACAUUGACAGUUAUGAAGACUGGGCUAACAUUAAAUACAAAGCAGAGCCACCAAGGCCACUUGCUCACCUCUGCCGGAUCAAAAUUCGAAGUCUGAUUGGGAAGAGCCGUAUUUCUCUUAUUGACACUUUGCCUCUUCCAGGGAGACUGAUGCGCUAUUUACAAUAUGAUUAUACUCGCUGACCUAAGGUGAACUUGGCAGUCAAUCAUUUCCUAGAGUGACAGCCACAAGAUGGAGACAGACUGAGAUAAUGGAAGAAAAGGCCGGCUUUGCUAUGUAAGAAGGAAAAAGGAUAUCGGAAAAUCAGAAUUGCAGAAAAGGCAAAUCCAACAGUAUAAAUAAGUAUAGGAAAUAAGUGAAGAAGUUGGGAUAAAAGACACUGGUAGCACAUGGCAAGAAAGUGCUAUGCUAUUUUGUAGAGAGAAACAUUAAGAUUUCUAAACACCUCAGUAUCACAUGUAAGGAGAAUAUGAAAGAGUUCACAAGAAGCAAGCAAUCUCUAAGUAUGCUCUCUCACACAGACAAAUGUAAUGUAUAAACCAGAUGAUCCCACACAAUUUUAAUAAAUGUAGUGGCAUUUUAUUUUGUUUUUGCACCUGUGGCAAUCACAUGAAUUAUUGUC